AUGGACCGCCCUUGGAAAACCCCCAUGAACAACAACUGGGAGAAAACUACGAUCGCAGGCUCAUCAGAGGCCCAUCAGACGCUAGAUAAUGUCGACCUGCAGCAGGAAAUCAUGCAAAAAACGCUGGAGGAGGUAGCACAGGAGGAGGAGGCGGAUGGCAGCGUGGCCAACCCAUGCGUCAUUUGUCUGGAACUGAUCUCAGAACCGGCCGUCGCGGUUCCCUGCAGACAUGCGAAUUACGACUUUCUGUGCCUUCUAAGCUGGCUAGAAAACCGUCGGAUUUGUCCACUUUGCAAGAGUGACGUUUCCGCGGUGGAAUAUGAGCUAGAUAGCCCCGAAGGCCCGAAGGUCCAUCGAUUAGAAGCUCCGCCAGAAGCCCUCCCAACCCACACCACGUCCAGUUCCCGUCAAAAUUGUAUCUACAAUCGUCCGCGUCGUCCCCGGCCACAGAUUCAUCGUCAAAACCCACCCUCGCGCGAUGAAGAGGUGAGGCGGCGACAACAUGUCUACCGCCACCAGCUUUAUUCCCUGAGGGUCGGAUCGAAUCGUCUUUCGCAAUACCAAGAACUGACGCCGGAUAAGUUCAAAAAUGAUGAGGGGCUUGUUUCGCGUGCUCGUACCUGGAUACGGAGGGAACUGCAAGUCUUCGACUUUCUACACCGUACAGAGGCAGGCUCGAGCCAGAGUUCAGUGGCUCGUCCGGGGCAGGCAAGACUCGAAAGCCGCCGAGGAAGUAACGCUGAAUUCUUGUUGGAGUAUAUCAUUGCGAUUCUUCGUACCGUUGACAUCAAAGGCAGCGCUGGGCAAGCGGAGUCUCUCUUGCAGGAUUUCCUUGGCAGAGAUAAUGCAUGCCUGUUCUUGCAUGAGUUGCAGGCAUGGCUUCGAAGCCCCUAUACAUCACUAUCGGACUGGGACCGUAAUGUUCAGUAUGAUGAUCCGAGUAGGAGGACAGCUUCAUUUAGGUCUCGUCCAGAACCUCGGCCGUCUGAUCGUACAACGACUCCGGUAUACCGAAAUAAUGACCACGUUGUUCAUGGGAGGGUUUCAAGACCACCGCCCUCUCGUAGACCACAAUACCAGGAAAGAUCUCGUGACGCCAUGGCCCAAGCGCGAAGAAUACAAUACGCACGGGGCCGCUAUAUCCCUGAUUGA